GGCAUGCAGUAGGGAAAAAUAAGAGAUUUCCGUUUCUGAUCCUUGACAUCAUAAUUUUUCCAUUUUGCUUAGCUAGCCAGUAAGAAAUAUGGCUGGAGCUUAGUGUUUUAUGCAGUUUUCCAAGUGCUGUUUGAGAAAAUAAAAUGGUUGCAUCUGUACAGAACACACAGGAGGCACAGAACUGCCAUUGGGACUGCUCUGCUAUGGCUGUUGGUGACCUCUUUUGUGUUGGAUUUCAUUGCUUGUCAUCAUUGCUGUGUCUGGUAGCGCUUCAGAAAUGCUCAUUUAUUUUUAAACAGAGAAGUGCUGAAAUGCUCAGUGUUAUAGUUCACUUAGUCUGUUUUUGCUUAGUACCCAAAUCCAUCUCUCCGAAAGAGUCUGCAAACUUCAGCCGGCUGUUGGUCUGAAGGACUUUGCAGAUAUAUUCAAGUACACUCUGAAUAGCCUGAGCCACCAAGAAAGUGACUGAAGUCUGUUAUGUCUUGGCUUUUAAAUAUGCCAAAGCUUGACUUAAAAGAAACUGGCUUUCAGAAAGAAUCACUAACAAUUCAGAUACUACUGCAUCUCAUCAGGUGUAUAACUUACUAGUUAAAAGGAAUUCACAUCAUUCUUAGAAGCACAUGUCAACUUCUUAAGCAAUCGUUUACAGGAUGUCCCUCGGUGUAUUAAAACAUUCUGGUUCUUCCUAAUUACUACUUCUUCCUUUAUUUCACAUACAUUCCCAUGCUUACUCUGAACCAGACCCCAUGUUAGAUAUGAGGGAUGGAGGGAAAAGAGGGUCAUUCCCUGUGAGGGCAACUCAAAGCCUAGUUUGGAAACCAGAGAAGUAAAUGCAGGGUGUAAAUGCUAAGUGAAAGGAACGCAUAUUUCUUUAUCUCAUAAGUAUUCCUCUAUCUGUCAUAUACCAAAGACGCACCUACUUGCUGAGAAUAUUGUGGUGAAUGAAACACACGUCUGUGUUCUCUUGCACUUCAUGUGCAUUUAGAUAUCUGCUCAAAUGGCACACGUCGGAAAGAUCUUCCAAGCUCAUUCUGUCUAAAAGAGCACUCCUUAUCAUUCUCUGACCCUUUAACUCUAUUUUACUCACAGAAUUUUAUCAUCCUCUGACAUAUUGUAUAUGGAUGUGUUGGUUUCCUGUCCAUGAUGGUAGAAAUUUUCUUUACUGCUGUGUCCCCAGUGCUGGAAAGAGUACCUGGCACUAAACAGGUACUAAAUAAACAAUGAGUGAAUUAAUGAGCGAGUGUGAAGCAAGACUGUAAACACAGAAAAGGAUACAAGAAAAAUAUCAGAUGGUGAUGAGUGCUGGGCAGAAAAUGAAAUAGGGCUUUGAGAAGGAAUGAUCUGGUGACCUCAGUAGGUGAGUUACUCUGAAGAGGUGACCUGAAAGACGAGAGCUGAAUGAUGACCAGGGUCCAGCAAUAGAACAUCAGAAGGAAGAGCCUUCCUGGGCAAGGGAGAAGCAGUGCAAAACUCCCAAAGGGAAGAUGAGUUUAUUGUGUUGGAAGAACUCAAAAGAAGGUCAUUUGUCGCCCUUUCCAGUGCCCUUUUAAGGCUGACACAGUGCCUUAAGAGGCUAACACAGGAGGGUAAAGAAAGUCUCCAUAAAACCCAGAGAAGAGAUUUUUAGAACUCUUCUUUGGAUCCUGUCUGGAGUCACAACUGAACUGGAAGAUUUUAAGUCUUAGCACUUACUAGUAUGUGUAUAGUUAAUACCAAAGUCAUUAAAUUUAAACUUGACCUUAAAAAAAAAGAAAGAAGGUCAUUUGGCUGGAGUGUGGCAGGCUGAAAGAAGAGGUGAUAUGGGAUGCCAUGGGGGCAACCAGAGACCUGGAUGAGAAGUUGGGGUUUCGAUCUGAGCACCACAGGGAGAUUUUAGAGGCUAUUAAUCAGGAAAGUAAAAUGAUCUGAUUUCCAUUUUUGUUGACCCACACUGGCUACUUUGUGGUGAGUGGAUUAUAGCCAAGCAUGACUAGAAGCUGGGGAGCUAUCAGGGGCCCUUUGCAUUGUCCCUUCAACUCCCCGAAUAUCUCUGUUGGCCAUUUGGUAGUGAUAGGUGCCAGAGAAUGAGAUCAUAAGUAAGGAAAUGUCCCUGCUCUCCAGAAACGGAGAUACACUGGAGGGCUACUAGAGAAUACUAUACUCCAGUGGUUUGAAAACAGUAAUAUUAUCACUCUCAAGUAGCUAAUUUAUAACUUGGAAAUAUUUCACACACAGAAGACUAUCUUAGGUCCCCCACCAAGGUUGUUAAUUAUUAGUUUUUAAAAUCCUUACCUGAUAUUUCCACUCAGUUCAUGAUGGAGUUGUCUUCUAUUUGCCCACCUUGCAUUCUGAGGCCACAUGCAACAUAGAACAUACACUCCUCUUGUGUAAAGCCUCCUCCCCCACAAAAAGCUUAUUUCUCGUUUGUUCAAAAAGAAGAAAGUUGUCUCACAAAACAUGCCUUAUCUAAUCUGAACUCUCAACAACAUUCUACACAGGCUGAAAACUUCUUUCUAAAAACACUCUCUUACUACUUUGGAAGCCACAUGUACUUGGCUUGCUUCCUACUUCUCUGGUUAUUCUAUCUCAGCAUCUUUGGGAUUCUUCUUUCUCUACCCGCCUAUUAGCUACCCACUUAGAAGUCUCACUCUGUAUACACUAGUGACCCCUUGGCUCCGGGACCCCUCUGUAUGCUGAUUCUCCCAUAUCUAGCACAGAGUACAUCUUUCUUCUGAUUCAGAUGUAAAAUUGUCUGCUAGACAUCCUAACCCAGAUGCCCCACGAAAGGUCAACUCAGUAUCUCUAAGGGCUUCCCAGGUGGUGCUAGUGGAAAAGAACCUACCUGCCAAUGCAGGAUGUGGGUUCGAUCCUUGGGUUGGGAAGAUCCCCUGGAGGAGGGCACGGCAACCCACUCCAGUAUUCUUACCUGGAGAAUCCCAUAGACAGAGGAGCCUGGUGGGCUCCAGCCCAUGGGGGUCACUAAGAGUUGGACACAGACUGAAGCAACUGAACGCACAUACACAUUAUCUUUAAAACUAAACCCCUCAGUCCUUAUCUCAGUAAAGAAUACCUCCAGCCAUCCAGCUUUCCAAGCCAAAAUAUAGGUAUGCCUAGGAUACUGCAGGUUCAGCUCCAGAUCACAAUAAAGCCAAUAUCACAAUAAAGCUAGUCAAUAAUUUUUGGUUUCCCAGAAUAUAUAAAAGUUAUGUUUAUACUACACUGUAGAGUGCAAAAGCAUUAUGUCUUAAAUACCAAUCUAUAUUCCUUAAUCUAAAAAUAUUUUCUUGCUAUCAUCUGAGUCCUCACAGAGUCACAGUAGUAACAUCAAAGAUCACCAAUCACAGAUCACCAUAACGAAUAUAAUAAUGAUGAAAAACUUUGAAAUAUUGUGAAAACUACCAAAAUUUGACAAAGAGAUGUGAAGUGAGCAAAUGCUAUUAGAAAAAUAGUACCGGCCUCUGCUACUAGUGAGGGGAAGAUGGCGGCCGCAACUGUGGUGGUUCCUGUAGGGUGGAUAAAGAACUGGGAGAAAUCAGGGAGAGGCGAAUUUUUGCAUUUAUGCCGGAUCCUCAGUGAAAAUAAAAGCCACGAUAGUUCAACUUAUAGAGAUUUCCAGCAAGCUCUUUAUGAAUUGUCAUACCAUGUCAUUAAAGGAAAUCUAAAGCAUGAACAGGCAUCUAAUGUUCUUAGUGACAUUAGUGAAUUUCGUGAAGAUAUGCCCUCCAUUCUUGCUGAUGUAUUCUGCAUAUUAGAUAUUGAGACAAAUUGUUUAGAAGAAAAAAGCAAGAGAGACUAUUUUACACAAUUGGUAUUAGCAUGUUUGUAUUUAGUUUCAGACAAAGUUCUAAAGGAACGCUUGGAUCCAGAAACAUUGGAAUCGUUAGGGCUUAUCAAACAGUCACAGCAAUUCAAUCAAAAGUCAGUUAAAAUCAAGACAAAACUCUUUUAUAAGCAGCAAAAAUUUAAUUUGUUAAGAGAAGAAAAUGAAGGUUAUGCCAAGCUGAUUGCUGAAUUGGGGCAAGAUUUAUCUGGAAAUAUUACUAGUGAUUUAAUCUUAGAAAAUAUCAAAUCUUUAAUAGGACCAAAUGGAGAGACUCCUUCAUCUUUAUACAGAGUUGCAGCAGUACUUCUACAGUUUAACCUUAUUGACUUAGAUGAUCUUUAUGUACAUCUUCUUCCAGCUGAUAAUUGCAUUAUGGAUGAACACAAACGAGAAAUUGUAGAAGCUAAACAGAUUGUUAGAAAACUUACAAUGGUUGUAUUGUCUUCUGAUAAAAUUGACGAGCGAGAGAAAGAAAAGGAAAAAGAAGAGGAGAAAGUGGAGAAGCCACCUGACAACCAAAAACUUGGUUUGUUGGAAGCCUUGUUAAAGAUUGGUGAUUGGCAGCAUGCCCAGAGCAUUAUGGAUCAGAUGCCUCCAUACUAUGCAGCUUCACAUAAACUAAUAGCCCUUGCUAUUUGCAAGCUGAUUCAUAUAACUAUUGAGCCUCUCUACCGAAGAGUUGGCGUUCCUAAAGGUGCUAAAGGCUCACCUGUUAGUGCUCUGCAAAAUAAGAGAGCACCAAAACAAGCAGAGAGCUUUGAAGAUUUGAGGAGAGACGUCUUCAAUAUGUUCUGUUACCUUGGUCCCCACCUUUCUCACGAUCCCAUUUUAUUUGCAAAAGUGGUGCGGAUAGGCAAGUCAUUUAUGAAGGAGUUUCAGUCUGAUGGAAGCAAACAAGAAGAUAAAGAGAAAACGGAAGUUAUCCUUAGCUGUUUGCUUAGCAUUACUGACCAGGUAUUACUUCCAUCUCUUUCUUUGAUGGACUGCAAUGCUUGUAUGUCUGAGGAACUAUGGGGAAUGUUUAAAACAUUUCCAUAUCAGCAUAGAUAUCAUCUGUAUGGCCAGUGGAAGAAUGAAACUUACAACAGUCAUCCACUUUUAGUAAAAGUUAAAGCUCAAACAAUAGACAGAGCCAAAUAUAUCAUGAAGCGUCUAACCAAGGAAAAUGUGAAGCCUUCUGGAAGACAAAUUGGGAAGUUGAGCCACAGCAAUCCAACCAUUUUGUUUGAUUAUAUCUUGUCACAAAUACAGAAGUAUGAUAAAACACCUGUAGUAGAUUCAUUGAAAUACCUCACUUCAUUGAAUUAUGACGUCUUGGCCUAUUGUAUCAUUGAAGCUUUAGCUAAUCCAGAAAAGGAGAAAAUGAAACAUGACGACACAACCAUCUCAAGUUGGCUUCAGAGUCUGGCUAGUUUCUGUGGUGCAGUUUUUCGUAAAUAUCCAAUUGAUCUUGCUGGUCUUCUUCAGUAUGUGGCUAAUCAGCUAAAGGCAGGCAAAAGUUUUGACCUGCUUAUACUGAAAGAAGUGGUACAAAAAAUGGCAGGGAUAGAAAUUACUGAAGAAAUGACAAUGGAGCAGCUAGAAGCCAUGACUGGUGGAGAGCAACUCAAAGCUGAGGGUGGUUAUUUUGGCCAGAUAAGAAACACUAAAAAAUCCUCCCAGAGAUUAAAGGAUGCACUAUUAGACCAUGAUCUUGCUCUUCCUCUCUGCUUGCUUAUGGCUCAGCAGAGGAAUGGGGUAAUCUUUCAGGAAGGUGGAGAGAAACAUUUGAAACUUGUGGGAAAACUCUAUGAUCAGGCAAGUUAAAGUGGCCUUUGUGUUUCUGUGGAUUUUUAAAUCCUGAUAAUGGAAAAUAUAGAAUGUUAUAUAAUUUGAAAAAUGUCAUUUGCUGAUCAUAUAUAUUAUAUAUAC